ACCAGUGACGUGACAUCUCCCCCACCCUCACAGUCCCACACUCACACUGGCACACGCGACGGCACGCGCUAGCUCAACCAUGGAUCGCAUGCGACACAGGAACUCCGUCAGCUCCGAGCGCUUCCUUGGCUCCUUCGCCCGCUCCGCAGCUGCCGGAGAACAGUCGGCCUCUACGGCCUUCGAGCUUGACGAGGACGACCUCUUCUCCGCAGGAUCCGGCUCGCCCGAGCCGCCGCAGCCGUUGCGCCGCCCACUCAUCCUGUCCUCCGUCCGCCAUGCAAACCCUAGCCCUGUUCCACGCCUACGCCGCCCGCCGGAGGGCAUCCUGGACGCCCUCCCCGAGCGCCGCCGCUCGCCGCCUCAGUCCUCUUCAUCCACGUCCUCGUCCCCCGCUUCCCCGGCUGCGGCCCCUCCCCGCAUGAUCCCUGCCGUUCCCCGCCCGGCGCCGGCACCGGCGCCGUAUGUGCCGCAAUCAUUGCCGGUCAACGUUCCUGCGGCGCGGCUGCGGAAGCCGCCCGUGGUGAUGGUGAUGGGGGAAGCGGAGGAUGAAUACGAGGAGAUGCUACCGCCACACGAGAUGUUAGCGCGCGCGCGGGCUCGGGAGUCGCCGAUGACGACGUUCUCAAUGCUGGAGGGAGCCGGGCGCACACUGAAGGGGCGGGAUCUCCGCCAGGUACGCAAUGCUGUCUGGCGGAAGACUGGAUUCCUCGACUGACCCGUGCCAUUUGCACUGGCCAGUAGCCCUCAGGUAGAAGUGACUGAAAAAAUUAUAUGGGAGUCUGGACAUCUGGUUGUCAUGCACACCUGUGUUUGUUAAUUUUAGUCACGCCUGUAAAACAUGUCUGCUCUAGUACUUGUAAACUCUUCAUUUGGUGGGCUAUAAGAACUAAGUUGAAAUAUGUCACACGAGUGAUUCUGUGUUUGUUAGGAGCAAUUUACUGCAAUAAAUAAUAAGGUGUUCAUUUUCAGUUGUUCUA